AUGGAAAAAGCAUACAUUUGUCAACUUUCUUAAGAAGAAAUAGCACAAUAAAGGCAUUAGAAAUUACCUUCUCCAUAUUAGAAUAGACCUGUGGAGGAAAACCUGAAAUUGUUCGAAGAAAUGAAAUAAGGAAAAAAACUUAUUUAACUUUUGGAAAAAAAAAUUGUAAAUGGCUGGGAUGAUCCAAGACUUUUUACUUUAAAUGCCUUAAAAAGAAGAGGAUUUUCUCCUGAUAUUAUUAAUUAGUUUUUGGAUCAAAUUAAGGUUUCUAGAACUGGCAAUGAAAAUAUUAUUUAAGUCUCUUUGUUAGAAUCGGUUGCUAGGAAUGUUCUUUAUUAGAAAACUCCAAAAACGAUGGCUAUUAUCGAACCUUUUGAAAUAAUUAUUGAUAAUUAUGGAGAAUUUUUUGAGAAUUAGGUUAAAUAAAAAACUCUUUUUGUAGAUAAAAGUGAUGUUAGAUUAACUAAACCUAAUAAUACAAGUGUUCCUUUUUAUGGAAUCUUCCCUGAUUCGAUAUUAGCAUUUAAAUAUUUAGGUGUAUUAUAAGUAGUUUAGGUAGAUGAAGAAAGGGCGAGAUGUAAAAUAAUUUCUAUAGAAGAAAAAUAUAGGAGAAAAUAAAAAGCAUAAAUUCAUUGGAUUGAUCCUGAAAAAAGUACAAAAUGUGAAAUUAGAAUUUUUAAUAAACUUUUUAAUGUCGAAAAUCCUUCUUU